GUUAAUUAUAAUAAUACACAUUUUCACUCAUUUAUAGGCAUUAACUAUUAGAUGUUAAAGUGUUUAUUAUCUAAAGCUAUGUCGCAAAGACCUAUCACAUCAUUCUUCAAACCUAACCAAUCAGUCAAAAGAAAAUUAAGUGAAACUCAAGCAAAUGGGGACUCAAGCGAUGAAUCGGCUAAACAACAGAAAACAUUGCAACAACAGUCCAAACAGUCCACUAUUAGCACUGUUUGUGAUUUGAGUGAAAUGAUUGCUAAACAAUCGGCUAAAACCAGUGCUCUCUCUCCUAAUAUUGGCCACACUUGGUUUAGGGCACUUCGAUCAGAGUUCUCCAAACCUUAUUUCCAACAAUUGAGCACAUUUUUGGAAUCGGAGCGCAAUUCGUCGACAAUUUAUCCUCCGAUCGAACAGGUCUUCUCGCUCACGGCUAGUCAUUUACCAAAUUAUAUCAACUUUUAUAAUAAUUUUAAUCUUUGUUUAGGUCUAGCAUUUAGUGUCCGAAAGGGAGUUGCGGCGCCCCCGAGUUUGCUUAAUAUGUUUAAAGAGCUUGAAUCUGAUAUCAAUGGCUUUAAGAAACCAAAUCACGGAGAUCUCACGGGUUGGGCCAAUCAGGGUGUACUUUUGUUGAACGCAUGCCUUACAGUUAAGGCACAUAACGCCAACUCUCAUUCAAAUAAGGGUUGGGAGCAGUUUACCGAUGCUGUCAUCAAAUGGCUUAACUCUAACCUCUCAGGCGUUGUAUUCCUGUUGUGGGGCUCUUACGCUCAAAAGAAGGGAAGCGUUAUAAACAAAAAAAAGCAUUUAGUGCUUCAAAGCGCACACCCGAGUCCUCUUUCUGCUUACAGAGGCUUUCUUGGAUGUAAACACUUCUCUUCAGCCAACGAUUACCUGAAGAAAAACGGUCACAAAGCCAUCGAUUGGAAUGAUUUGCCAUAAUUAGUGUUGAAAAUCAUUAUUAAAUUUACUUCAUUUGAAUCAAUAUUUUAAUAAUUAUUUUAAUUGAUAACG